AUGGAUCCAUCAGUGCAAAAUGCGGUCCAGGCAAAGAUAGCAGCAGACGCAGCCGCGGCCGAAGCCGCACCCGCGUAUGACGGCGCCGCACCCAACGCCGCUGCACCCAACGCCGCCGCCGCAGACGCUGCCGCCGCUGUAAACGCUGCCGCAGCCGCUGUCGCAGCCGCCGACGCAGCCGCAGCUGCAGCCGCUCCCCCGGCAGCCGUGCACAACGGCGGCGACGCCCCCCCGGCAAACAACGGACCAGAGGAGGGUGCCGGCGCGAACCCACUCGGCGGUAUCCAGGCCAUGCUCACCCAGUUCAUGAACGCUCACCAAGCUCAAAUGGCGGCCUUACACCAACAGGUGGCGCAGCAGGGACAGAUCCUGCAGCAGCAGCAGCAGCAGCAGCAGCAGCAGCAGCUGCAGCAGCAGCCACAACAGCAGCAGCAGCCACAGCAGCAGCAGCAACAACCCGCCGGCGGCUUUCUUCCUCCCGUCAACGCACCGGUGGUGGCCGCUAGCGCCGCGCCGCCCGCCCCGGCGACCGCGGGGUCGAAGAUGACGGAGAAGAUGAGGGCUGAGGACUGGAAAGCGACGGGCCCCCUGUGGCUCCUCGCGCGGGGCGGAUUCGACACUCGCGCCCCGGUCGACGUGCCCUUCGUUAAAAUGGUCGCCGGCGAAUACUCACACAUCACAGAGCAGGGAGGGAAACAGAUGUGUAGCCUGACGGACAUAAAAAUCGAGCACUGUUUCCCGCCCAAGUCCGCCAACGCCGCCCUCGCUGCCAUGCCCGUAACGGUCCACUUCGACACCUUCAUCACCGUGCUGUUCAAAACGAUCGAGUACGGCAUGGACACGGCCGAGGAGAAUGCCAAGCUUCGCGUCGCGGCCUGGAGGGCGGAGUUCGCAUCGAUUACAAGGAAGCUGGCUACGUACCUCACCCUCCACUACACAGGCCUGCAGCCCCAUGAAAACCGGGUCCGCAACGUCCUCCUGGAUGCCAUCAACCGCGGCUUGGAAGACGGUUUCCGCAUUUUACACAAGAUGGCAUACGACCUACGCUGGACGCACCAGGACGGCCCCCCCACCGCGGACGCCACGGAUGCCGUCCCAUUUCCGCGAUUCAAGCUCCUGAAGACCUUGCUCGAGGAAGAUCACACCCAGAGUCUCGCGGAAAAGGCAGCCCAAUGGCCUCUCCCCACCGUGGCCGCCGCCCUCGCCCCCGCCACGAGUGCAAAGCGGAAGAGCGGAACGGCCGGGGCCAAGACAGCGACAACCAAGCGGCAGCGGACCACGACCACGACCCCGACGUGCCCCCCCGGUUUUUGCAAGGGAUGGUGGUUCAGCCGCCAGUGCCGUAUCCCAGACUGCCAACUCCACCACGUACACGCCGGUCCCGCCUCCGCCACCUCCGCCGCUUCCCCACCCCCGCAGGUCCCGCCACCCCCGCAGGCCCCGCCGCAGCAGGCGGCGGCGCCGCAGCCGCUACCAUCGCAGCAGCAGCAGCAGCAGCAGCUCCGCCAGCCCAGCGUGGGCAACUUCAGCAUGACGGUCCACGGCGGCAGGGGCGGUGGAGGAGGGAACCAGGGGCGCGGCGCCGGAGGGAGGGGCGGCGGGGGGAGGGGAGGUUUCUGACAGGUUGGGCUCUGCCAUACGGCAGGGCCGACAGUAGGUGCGGGAGGGGAGUCAGGACGCGCUGGUACCUGGUUCGCCGACGUCGCCAGGUCCGUGGGGCCUCGGGACGCGCCCACGCCGGGGUCGGUUUCGCCGGCCCUGUUUCACGGAACAGGGCGGGAAGGAGAGGGGAUGAGCACGGAAGUCGCGCGGUUGGUGGAUACUUUAGUGAGCGCGUCGAUCGGGGGAAGCACGCAUAAGGUGUACGCCGCGAAGUGGAAGACAUGGUUGGAUUUUAUGAAACACAAGGGUAAAGAACCGUGGUUGAACUCGAUGGACGAGUCCGAGAUCGUCGCGCUCCUCCUCGAAUUUAUGACGUGUCGCUUGUUUUCGUUCAACAACCAGCAGUCCACAGUUCGGGGAUACCUCGCAGCGAUCAAGUUUUACCAUAAGCUAUGUACGGGGUGGGAGCCUCCCACGUCGCACUGUAUGAUUACGGCGGCAGGGAAAGGGAUUGAUCGCAUUCGAGGGAUGACGGGCAAGCAAGCGCAAGUGAGGCUGCCCCUCACGUGGUCGAUGUUGUCCCAAGGCUACCAUACCGUCGCGAGCGCUCCGGAUGGAGGAAAAGUUUUCUGGUUAGGACUGACGCUGUCGUAUUUUCUCUUGUGCCGAGCUUCGGAAUUGUUCGCGUACGCGAACGGCCUCGUCCAUCCAGAUUUCUGUUUGACGCGUGACUGCUUGAGGUUUUUUCAAGGAGACAUUCAAGUGGAGACUGAAGAUAGAGCGCGCGCGGAUUCAGUCAGGAUUCAUUUCGUGGCGUCAAAAGCAGAUCAGAAUCGAGAGGGAUGCACGAUCACGCGCACCCGCAGCCCGAGAUCGGAGGAACCUGGUAGGGCGCCUUUCGGAGCCUUCGAAGCGAUCGUGGAGCUCCUGAACGUCCACCGGAGCCUUCCCGGACGUGCCCCUUUGAUGACGAGGAUGGGUGCAAAUGGGUGGAAGGUGGUUACUCGCGCGGAAGCUGUAGUCGCGCUGAGGAGGAUGGUUGCUUGUGCAGGGAAGGAUCCGGCACAGUACGCGUUGCACUCGGGUCGCAUUGGUGGCGCCACGCAAUUAGCCGCGCAAGGCGUGUCGGACUUGCAGAUUCAGCGGGCUGGGCGUUGGAAGUCGCGAGCGUUCAUGGUGUACGUAAGGGAAGCGGGAGAAGGAGCAGAAACGGUUUCCGUGGGACUUACAGGAGGAAGAUGAGAGUAAAACAGUACACUCAGCCUGCACAAUGGCGUGGUUUUCAGAUAGCUUGGAAGAGGCUAUUCUCGUACCGGAUUGGCUGAGUCGUGAAUUCGAGUAUCGUAUAGGGACAUCGUAGGGGCAGGACCCACAAGAGUGGAGGUACGGUUCGUCUACAUGUGAUCUAUAUUGUCUCGGGUCUUCAUCAUUUUUUCUCGUAGAAGAUUAGAAAAAUAAUGCCAGAAUUCUUGAGCCUAUAACAAAAUGUAGCGUUCAGAAGGAAAGCGUUGUUUGUGGAAGGCGUUUGUUGAAUUCGAAAGAAAGCAGGGGACGGGUGCUGAGCGUCCCCUGCGUGCAAUGUCUUCAGUCUUCUUGUGCACCCGCGUCUCGGGGAAGAGAACGCUAGUGCAGUCAAACAACUAGCUGAGGAAGCAAGAGGAAGGAGCGUGGAAGUUAGGGCCUUGAUCGAUUUUUGAUUAGAAAAAUAAUGCCAGAAUUCUUGAGCCUAUAACAAACAAAAUAGAGCAGCCUUCUUACGGAUCGACGGAAUUGGAAACUAAAAACAGGGGGGGGGGGGUUCACAAUUACACCCCCGCCAGACGACGCAACACCAUGCCGCUAGUCAAACCACGCAACACCAUCCCGCUAGUGGAACCACUGCUGCUGCAAGGCGCGAACAACUACUACUCCGAUGCGCUGCUGCUGCUUCCACCAGGCAGAGGUACGCCGAUCCCUCCGCUGCGUGGCGCGUCGUGUCCUCUCAACCUUCGGGCCGACGACUUCCUCCUCGUCCUUCGAAUCCUCGUCGAACAGCACAGCAUCCCAAUAGGAUACCGAGCGUGCUGUGCGCCGGCGACCAUCCUCCUCUUGGAUCUGGUGCAAAGCCGCCAACGCGACUGACAGCACUGACUGUUGCUUCCAACAGAUCGUCGCCGGGCCCAUGUUAUGGGGCGCACCGCGCUGACAACAAAGCACCGGGUCUGCGCGUGCGAGGCACUGUGCUAGACUGCCACGCGCUGUGCUGUGCU